CUUUUGCAAAAAAGGGAGAACGUGGCGAGGUACAAUUGGGAAGUGUCACGUGGAGAAUAACACCAUUGGUUAAAACACCUCGCACAAAGUGUGACUUUCAGAUCUAAACACCGCAACUGCAACGCAACACUGAGAUUUAAAUUACUCCAUUUACAAUAUUUAGAUCUUAAUCUUAAUAACUUCAUCAUUUCAUUUCAUCAUUAGGGUUUCAUCGCGAACAUGGGAGAACCAAAGCUAAUCCCUCUGGCAAUUUUUCCACUGCUCUUCUUCGUGAUUUCUACCUCAUCGUUACACCUUCUCACUGCUUCCGAUGCCGAUGACGCGAUCUUCUACGAAUCAUUUGACGAGGCUUUUGAUGGUCGUUGGAUCCUUUCCGAUAAGGAUGAAUACAACGGUGUUUGGGAGCAUGCAAAGAGCGAGGGUCAUGAAGAUUACGGGCUUCUUGUCAGCCAGAAAGCAAGAAAAUAUGCGAUAGUAAAAGAACUUGAUGAGCCUGUGAGUCUUAAGGAUAAAUCAGUUGUUCUUCAGUUUGAGACUCGCCUUCAGAAUGGCCUCGAGUGUGGUGGUGCAUACAUAAAAUAUCUUCGACCACAGGAGGCCGGUUGGAAGCCCAAGGAAUUUGGCAAUGAUUCUCCAUAUUCAAUUAUGUUUGGUCCUGACAAGUGUGGAGCCACAAACAAGGUGCAUUUCAUUUUCAAGCAUAAGAAUCCCAAGAGUGGGGAGUAUGUUGAACAUCAUCUCAAGUUUCCUCCAUCCGUUCCUUCUGACAAAUUAUCUCAUGUGUACACCGCUAUUUUAAAACCAGACAACAAGUUACAAAUUUUGAUUGAUGGAGAAGAGAAGAAAAAAGCAAAUUUCUUAUCUUCUGAGGAUUUCGAGCCUUCCCUUAUCCCUCCCAAGACAAUCCCUGAUCCUGAAGAUAAGAAACCUGAAGACUGGGACGAGAGAGAGAAAAUUCCAGACCCAAAUGCAGUAAAGCCAGAUGACUGGGAUGAAGAUGCACCCUUGGAAAUUGUUGAUGACGAAGCUGAAAAACCUGAAGGAUGGUUGGAUGAUGAGCCUGAGGAGGUAGAUGACCCAGAAGCUACAAGACCAGAAGAUUGGGACGAUGAGGAGGAUGGUGAAUGGGAAGCCCCAAAGGUUACCAACCCAAAGUGUGAAGCAGCCCCUGGUUGUGGUGAGUGGAAGAGGCCAAUGAAGAAGAAUCCAGCAUAUAAGGGAAAAUGGCAUGCUCCCCUUAUUGAAAAUCCAGCUUAUAAGGGUAUAUGGAAGCCUCAGGAUAUUCCAAACCCGGAUUACUUUGAGCUUAAAAAACCUGAUUUUGAGCCUAUUGCUGCUAUUGGUAUUGAGAUUUGGACAAUGCAAGACGGUAUAUUGUUUGACAAUAUUUUGAUAGCUAAAGAUGAUAAGAUUGCAGCAUCAUACCGAGAGACUACAUGGAAACCCAAGUUUUUUGUUGAGAAAGAGAAACAGAAGGAAGAAGAUUCGGACACUGAAUCAAGUGGUCUUGCAAGCAUCCAAAAGAAGGUAUUUGACCUAUUAUACAAGAUUGCAGACAUUCCCUUCCUGAGUGCCUACAAGCUUAAAAUACAUAAUAUAAUUGAAAAGGGUGAAUCACAGCCGAAUCUCACAGUUGGAAUUCUUGUAGCUGUUGUGGUUAUUGUCUUGUCAAUUUUCCUCAGGGCCAUAUUUGGUGGGAAGAAAACGCCAGCAAGAGUGGUGAAGACAGACACACCAGCCACGGAAACUUCCACUAGCCAAGGUGAUGGAGAGAAUGAAGAAGACAAAGAGGAGGAAACAUCAAAGGCUCCACGCCGAAGGGUAAAGCGAGACAAUUAAAAUGAUUUAAACCAUACAAGGGCGGCCAAACAAGAUCACCACCAAACACAAAUUUUGAGCUUAGUUGAAGAUUAGGUCAAUUCUGUUAUUCGAUAGCACUUUCUUUGCAAAUUUCUCAUUCACUUUGUGACAGAUGAUAUGCAUAAGGAGUAUAGAUAAGAUAUUAUGCGUAGUGCUGGUUACUUUGGAGACUUGAGUUUUUAUAGCUAAUUCAGAUUGUACAAUAAUUUUUCUUAA